CGUGUGCGUUCUUCAAUCAACUUCUCUGGUCUUUGGCGGUACGGAUUUUCAAAUAAAGGCAAGAGCGGAGCAAGAAAUAAAAAAAAAUAUAAGCGAAGUGAAAAUAAUAUCGCAAGCAAACAAUUAUCACACAAUUGAAAACGAUUGCUCUUAAAAGUUUUUAAUUAAAAUGUUGCUGGCUAAACGCUCAGCCGGACUAUUCUAUUUCUGCCUAAUCGCAGUGAUUUGUGUGACAUGUGUCAAUGCUUGCACUCGUGCUCCAACACAUUUGCCACAUGGAAGGCGCACACGCGGCGACAAUGGCUAUAGACUAAUUGUGGCUGAUGGCCCCAAUGGUUAUGUGCCCGGAAAAACCUAUAACAUACUUCUGCUUGGCUCCCGCACCCAUAUGAAAGUACAACAUUUCACACAUUUUUCCAUUACGGCUGAGGCGCAUAUCGGUGGCAGACGUCCCAUUCCCGCUAAUCCACAACGUGUCGGUCGUUUCCAAUUGUUCAGUGAUUCGUUGACCAAAUUCAGUGAUCGUUGCGUCAAUACAGUGGCCGAGGCUGAUGAUUUACCCAAAACCGAAAUUCAAGUAAUGUGGGUGGCGCCCGAAGCUGGUUCGGGAUGUGUAUCACUAUCCGCAAUGGUAUAUGAAGGACCACGAUCAUGGUUCUCCGAUGAUGGUCAGUUGACACAGGUUAUUUGUGAAAGAAAAGUGGAUCAUACCACCGUACAAAAGGAGUGUUGUGCCUGUGAUGAGGCCAAAUAUAGUUUUGUUUUUGAGGGCAUUUGGUCUAAUGAAACCCAUCCCAAAGACUAUCCAUUUGCCGUAUGGCUAACCCAUUUCUCUGAUAUUAUUGGAGCUUCCCACGAAACAAACUUCUCGUUCUGGGGUGAGAAUCACAUUGCCACCGAUGGUUUUAAGUCUUUGGCUGAAUUUGGCUCGCCCAGCGCCUUGGAGGCCGAAUUACGCUCCAAAGGCCCCAGAUUGCGUACCCUCAUUAAGGCUGCCGGUCUUUGGUAUCCCAAUGUAAAUGCCAACACCUCCUCAACAUUCCGUGUCGAUCGCAAACACAAUAAAGUCUCAAUGGUUUCAAUGUUUGGUCCUUCCCCCGAUUGGGUUGUGGGUAUUAGCGGCGUGGAUUUGUGUACUGCUGAUUGUUCGUGGAAAGAAUCAAUGGAUUUCGAUUUGUAUCCCUGGGAUGCUGGUACCGAUAGUGGCAUAACAUAUAUGUCGCCGAAUUUAGAGACACAACCACGUGAGCGUAUGUAUCGCAUUACACCCAUGUAUCCUGAAGAUCCACGUGCCCCAUUCUACAAUCCCCAGACAAAGACAAUGGUUCCCUUGGCCAAAUUGUAUCUCAGAAGAGAGAAGAUUAUUUCCAGAAACUGUGAUGAUGACUUUUUGCAGGCCUUGCAAUUGGAAGUGUCUGAUGAUACCGAGGAUCAGGAUACUAGAGCCGAGUGCCAAGUUACAGAUUAUUCACCCUGGGCUCCUUGUUCGGUUACCUGUGGUAAGGGUAUACGCAUGCGCACCAGACAAUAUGUAAAUCCCGAAAAGGCUGAAAUGGCCAAAUGUGCCAGACAAUUGGUGUCCAAGGAAAUGUGUGCUGCCGCCAUACCAGAAUGCGGCGCCCAACAAGACGAUGAUGAUGAGGGAGAAAAUUUGGCAAAUUCCUCUUCUUUGGUCAAUGAAAAUGGUGAGGGAACCGGUAUUUGUCAAACAACACCCUGGAGUGGUUGGUCGGAUUGUUCAGCUUCAUGUGGUAUUGGUAUAACAAUGAGAACCCGCACUUUCCUAAAUCAUUUGGGUCGUAAACGUUGCCCGCACAUAACUGUGGUGGAGAAACAAAAGUGCAUGCGUCCUGAAUGUACCUUCGAGGAAGUUGAAUUACCCGAUCCCAUGUGCCCCACAACUCAGUGGAGUGAUUGGAGUCCUUGCUCUGCCACCUGUGGUAAGGGUGUUACAAUUCGUACACGUGUGUUGUUGCUGGAGGAAGGCAGCGUGAAGGAAGAGUGCACCAAACGCAUGGACCUGAAUCAACAGAAGGAAUGUACGUUGGCUCAAGAUUGUAACAUUAACUUUGAAAUGGCCAAGGAAAUCUGUGCCAGCCGUUUUGAUAGCGGUCCCUGUCGUGGCAGCUAUAUGCGCUAUGGCUAUAACAAGGAUACUGGUCGCUGUGAAACCUUCACCUAUGGUGGCUGUCGUGGCAAUCGCAACAACUUCUUGACUGAAAAUGAUUGUAUGAAUACCUGCGGUCGUUUGGCAAACAAUCAGCCAACACAAAUUACCACUUCCCGGCCAGCACCUCUUUUAAAUAUUCCCUCAUAUCGCCCUUACAAUACUGGUAUUAUCACUGCCAAUAACGACGACUCAAUUCCGGAGGGUUGCAUCAUGUCGGAAUGGUCUAAUUGGUCCGAAUGUAGUGUUCGCUGUGGUCUUGGCUAUUCGGAACGUUAUCGUUAUGUAAUUUCGGAGCCUAAAAAUGGAGGCCAGCCAUGUCCUAAACGUACCGUUAAAAAGCGUCGUUGCACCAUGACUGAUUGCUAAAUUGCGGUCGGUGAAAUUUAAAAAAAAAAUAUCUAUAUAUCCCUGUUUAUAAAGGUUGUUUGGGGGAUGUUAUCUUGUUGAUAUACUACUUAUUGUAAUUUUGUGUGUGUUUUAAUUCAAUAAAUACAUUUGUAUAAGUUACAAAAAAGAAAA